AUGGCGUCUAACAAAUCUUUGUCAGUAGACGAGCAGCGUCAGGCUAUGGCCGAAGCUGAGGCUGCUGGCCUCGAGUACAUUGGUCCAUGUCCAGCUCACCUGCAUGAGGCAUGGAUUGAUAUCCCCGUGGCAGGUGCCCAAGCGAACAGAACCAAAGUGGUGUGGCCCAGCCCGCCGGCAAAGUUGCCCAUCCAGUGUCCGCUCAUCGUCUACUUUCACGGUGGCGGGCUGUCAGUGUGCAGCCCCGAUCUAGUUUUAGCCCCUGCUCGCGGCUUUGCAGAGCUAUUUAACUGUGUGGUGGCAUGUCCAACCCUGAAUCAGCUCCCUGAGCAGCCGUUUCCUGCACCCGUGCAGAUAGCUUGGGAUGUGUGCGUGUGGUUGUCUGAUGGCGAUAACCUGAACAAUAGUGUCUUGAAAGACGCUGGAGCUCAGGUCAAUCUAGGUCGCGGCUUUGUGGUUGGCGGCCUCAGUUCGGGCGGCACGGCGGCUGCGGUCAUUGGAAGCAUACCUGGGGCAGCCCGAGCAGGCGUCAAAGACUUUGUCGGACUGUCUUCUCUUCGAAGCCCCAUCACCGGAAUUUUCUCAGGUUUACCCUUCUUAAUCACUAAAGACAUCGUUCCUUUACGAUAUCGAGACCUAUUUAGAUCUAGAGAAGACAACUUCGAAUACAAGGCCGCUAACGAAGCGCUACGUUUGGAUCUCGAGUCUCGUCUUACUCUCGACUCUCCCUGGUUCUCGCCGGUCAAUCUGGACUUGACUGAUCCAAAGAUCACUCAGGAUCAUUCACCAAAAGUCUUCGUUUAUGGCGGACAAUUCGACCAAUUUCGUGACGAUUCUGUGAUCUACGCCAAGUGGCUGUCAGAGUCGGUAGGGGUGCAAGUCAAGUCGACCGUGCUCGAGGGAGAGGGGCACACAGCUUGGGUAUCGCCACCGUGGCCAGCUAGCCAUUCUCGCAAAAUUAAAGAGAUGACUCUUGAUGGUAUGGCCUGGCUCCUGAAUGUGGAGUUCGAUAAGAAGCAAGAAAAUCUGCCCAUCUAG